AUGAAUCGGGUAUUGCUAAAAGGCCCUAAGGGCCUUAGUGAACUGUUUCGUGCAUGUCCAUCAACUUCUGGCCGUUCAUUCCUCUGCCGCUCAACAUACAAUGUCAACGGUCGAGCCUUCUGGUCCGCACCUCACCUUCGCUCCGAGAACUCACCCUCCGACAGUCAGCCAUUGAAGUUUGAUCCAAAUGACGGGAAUGGAAGUUCUCACAGAACUGUCUCUACUGCGUCAUCUCAACAUACACCGUGGUAUCUGCAGGAAGAGACGCCGACGGACGAGUCGCGCCAAAUUUCCUCCCGAGACCAGAUCCCGGAGCUUCCUGAAAACCCGCCAGCCAUUCUUCCUGUUCUCCUUGAUUACGUUUUCAAAGAUCUUGGCUUGGAUGAAUUGAGCUUGCUUGACCUUAGAGGUCUGGAAACACCCCCGCCCAUUGGGGCCAACGCCAUCAUGAUCAUUGGCACCGCUCGUAGUGUGAAGCAUCUGAAUGUUUCAGCCGAUCGCCUUUGUCGCUGGUUGAGAAGCACCUACAGACUCACACCUUAUGCGGAUGGACUGCUGGGUCGGAACGAACUCAAGAUCAAACUUCGGCGUAAAGCUCGCCGUGCCAGGAUCGCCAGUCGUGCUGGAACAACGGUCGACGAGAAGGAUGAUGGGAUCACUACCGGCUGGAUCUGUGUGAACGCAGGCGUUGUUGAGAACUUUCCGGUCGAGGAACAGGCAUCUCGGAAGGUCGAAGGGUUUGGCAACAUUGUGGGGGGCACUCGAGUUGUAGUACAGAUGUUCACGGAGGAGAAGAGGGCCGAAGUCGAUCUUGAAGGCCUUUGGCUUGCUGCACUUGAACGAGAUAAACGGCGGAGACAAGUUUCCGUAGAUGCCAAAUCAGACGCGCCUCAUAAAGAGGUUCGUGCUUCUACACCAGUGAAAAAAUCAUCCUCUGACCAUGUGCUCGGACACCACUCCAGGUCUUUGGCGAGCCUUCCUCUGGAACAAAGAAGGAGCCUACACAGCAAUCGUCGGCUCGUGAACCCUCAAUCUAAAGACAAUGAAGACAACGGCUCGGAUAUGUCUCCAAAUUCAAUAUCCACUCGAACUAACGAACUUGCCGCCAACGAUUCUUUCGAUAAAGAAGUUGCUCCUGAUUCAUUGCUUGAACACCUGUCCGGACUACCUGAUGACCAAUUUCUGAGUGAACUAGGAGCUGGGCCGGAAGAUAGGGACUCGACACUCUUUCUGCGUCUAUUUUACAAUGCUCUUUCAAAAUUGUCAGCAGAAGAAGCAGCUGUAGCUCGGAUAAAGUUGAUAUGCACAGCUAUCUGUCGACACCAUCGAGGAUACAGCAAGGAAAGUCUUUGGACAGCUUUCAUGACCUGUAACUACCACGCCUAUCCUACAUCCGACGAAUUAGGCAUCGAAAUCGUUUCAGUCAUGUUAACAGAAAAUCCGGCCCACGAUGAAGGUUUCGAGGCUUCUGGGGUGUUGCCAGAUGCCGACAGAGAACUCGCCCUUCGCGUCCUGGAACAUCUCACUCUGCGCGGCACUGAUGUCCUUAAUAUGAAAGUGUUCCAUUUGUUAUACAAAGCAGCCGGUCGUCCGGCAAACCUUUCUGGUGAAAAAGUCAUUGAAAAUGUAACAGGCACUACCGAAAAUCGACCUGCAUCGCGAGUAUCGAAAUUGAUUGAAACCCUCAACAUUCCGUUUGACCCAGAGGAGGUUCGCAAGCUUAUGCUAUCUCUGUUUCGCAAUGAAGACUAUGACGGUUUCUGGAAAUUAUGGCGCAAGCUCCCCCUGAAUGGCAGCCCGCGUACUUCUACAGAUUAUGAGAUGCUUUUCCAGCUGCAUGCAGAGUUAGGAGACGAGCGUCGCGCCAGAGACUGUGUAUCCACCUGGGUGCCCAUGAUGAGUCGGGAACAUCCCCCCAUUCCGCUCAAGGGACCGGCCCUUCAGGAUGUCAUGUACUGUCUUGUGAUUGCAGAACCGGACAUUGACCGGAUGGCAACAGAAGGGUCAACAAGCAAUCUGGCACUGAUCUGGAACGAAUGUAAAAACAAUGCGCCGGCGAGAGCUUGA